GUUUGCGGUGGCUUGGCGAGCGUUUUCGCUAAACAGAGUUUCGAGUCUGCGGUCCGCUCAACUACUAAAGUUGGACGCCGCAUUUGCCAAUUGAAACAUUCAAAUGUGAAUAUCGUACGGGUGAAGACGUCUUCUGUUCGUCUGGCUCUGGCUCUUACUCUCAUAACAAAUAAUAAACCAAAUAAUCGAGCACAGUGAGACAACACAAGCAACAAUAACAAAUAACAUGCAACCAUCUAAGUAAUAUUCACAAGAAAACCGAAAACAACAAAACGCUACGAAUAACCCAGUCGGAGAGCGGAAAACUUUGUCAUAAAUAAGUUUACGGCGAAACCUCCAUAUUACUUCAAUCACGAAACUGAAAGCAAAAAAGGAAGCUGUGGAAGAUUGAGUUGCUGCCACAGUUAGUUACCUGACUUUGCCGAGUGUUACUGCUCCACAAACUGACAUUCAAUGGUGCUGAUGCCGCUUAAAGGCAACUCCAAAUACAAAAUGCGGUGUACGCAGCUCAACCUGUUGUGCGUUUUUCUCGUACUGGUGUUCCUUGGAUGCACAAGCGCGGAGUCAAAGUACCGCACUCCCGCCCGGAUAUUGGCCAAGCAGACGGGCGCCACCCAGUUCGAGGAGGAGCGCUACGAGGCGCACACGAACUGCAACGAGCACAAGCACCACUUGAAGAAGCGCGCCUCCGACGAGGACGUGGACUACGAGGUGUACCAGGGGGUGGUGGGGCGGCCGGGCAUCGACUUUCCCAUCUACCCGCGCAUUCCCAAGACCUCGUUCAGCUGCCGCUCCUACGGCAACGGCUACUUCGCCGACAUGGAAACGGAUUGUCAGGUCUUCCAUAUCUGCGAGGAGGGCCGCAAGAUCUCCUUCCUCUGCCCCAACGGGACGAUCUUCCAGCAGAGCGAGCUCACCUGCGACUGGUGGUUCAAGGUCAACUGCCUGGGCUCCUCGGGCUACUACGCCGAGAGCGCCGAGAUCCUCAACAAGCAGCGUGUGCACCGCGUGCGGCCCUCGGUUCCCGUCCAGGGCUUCAACAUAGUGGGCGGCGGGCUAAACAUCAAGCCCAAGGUGGCUCCAGUGGCUCCAGUGGCUCCAGUGGCUGGUCAGGCCAGGUCCGGUGCUCGCAUCAAUCCCGACAGGCGGAUGGACUCCGCGGAGGAUGUGCCUGCCUCGGUGGAGAGUGUGGACUUCGACGACGUGUCCGGCGAGAAGCAGCGCAAGGUGCUGCCCAGCAUCGACAGCAACAGCAACGACCACGAGACGCAGAUCACCGCCGAGAGCUCCUCGUUCGUCAGCGGUUCCGGCAAGCGGCGAACCCACACGGACAGCAGCCCCAAUCGCAACAGCAACGACGACGUUACGCUCCUCAAACCCGCCCGCAGCCGAACUCCAGUGGCCUCCCAGGAGCGAGGAGUCUCCACCGAAAGGGCGCGCAACGGCCAGAGGGGCCAGCAUCGCUACAGUGGCAGCGAGGAGCACAGCAAGGAGCACAGUAAGGAGAAGGCGGCUCCCAGCUUAAUCAAGGACAGACCCGAGUUCUUCGAGGCCCACUCCACGCGCUCUGUGCCGCAGACCACGCCCCACUACUCCGCCGGAAGCCACUCCACGGUGCGCCGCCUGGAGCCCAGCAAGUCCACGCCCUUCUACACGCCCACCGUGCCCAGUCUGCCGAAGUCGAAGAGCACCGAGGGCAAGCUCAACCACAUCAAGGGCGGUCAUGUGGCCACGACACCCAAUCCCCACCGCUUCGGAAGCGCCAGCUCAGGUGUUUUCCUCGAGUCCUCCGUGGCUCCCAAGGCCAGACCCACCGCCAGUGCCAGUGGCAGUGCCAGUGGCAGCAUCGAACUGGACAGCACCUUCAGGCCGGUUGUCAUCGGCAUGAGGCAUCACUACGACGUGGCCAGCUCCGGGGAGUUCCGAGCCCCCUCAAAGUCCACCGAGAGCCGCGACUAUCUGCCCACCACCCCGUCUCCCUCCUCCGCCGGCAGCGGGCCAACCUAUCUGCCCAAGAGCGGCAAGUCGCCGAGGGGGAAUGCGGCAGCUGCAGCUGGAGAGGAUGUGCUCCUCUUCGCCCCGAAUCCCGUGAAGGAUGAGUCCGUCUACCGCAAUGUGCAGGAGAUGCUGAAGACCAUGAACCUCCUGAAGGACCAGUUCGAGGACGUGGAGCUGAACGCAGCCGCGGCAGCUCCCGCCAGGGUUGGCCUGGAGAUUCCACCGUCCUCGGGACCCGAUGCCCUGGUGUCCUUCGCCAAGUACUUUGCCCAGGAGCACAAUGAGACCGCCAAUGCCCUGGGCAAGCCGGAGAAGCCGGAAAAGUCGGAAAAGCCGGAAAAGCCGGACAAGACGGGUGUAAAGACCAAGCUGUCGGUGAAGCCGCCCCCACUGCCCACCGCCAAGCCGUCGGACACCACCGCGCUGCUGACCACCUCGGAGAACCCGCCGGCCAUCAGCGAGAAUGCGGACGACAUCAAGAAGAGUUUGCUGAGCGACACCACCGUGAAGAAGUACAGCAACCUGUUUGGCCUGAAGCCCGCCCAAGGUCGCGGUGCCGGCGAGGGCGACCUCAGCGCCGGACUGCUCUCCAGCCAGCCCAACGGGACGCAGUCGGAGCCGGGAACGAAGUACCAGCAGUUCCCGCAGAUCGGCAGCACUGGCUCCACUGUGGGUGCGCUGGCGGAGAAGCCGGAGUCGCGCAAGAUCGCCCAGAUCUUCUCCAACGCGUUGUCCAGCUACCUCGACAACCCAGCCACCUUCCGUGCGGAGUUGGCUGCCCGAGCCCGGCCCACGGAGCCGCCGAGCACCCCCAACUUCCGGCCCGUGACCACCACCGAUCCAUCGCUCUUCAGCGACGGAACGGCCAAGUACUACCUGCCCACCAAGGGACUGCCCGAGGCAGCCACCGCGCCCACGCCCACGGCCACGCCCAACAGCAUUGCCGCAGAGAUCAACCACAAGUUCGACUCGACCCCAGCGCCCGACUACUCUACCACCACCAUGGAGCCGUUCGAGGGCAGCACGGUCAGCACACGCGGCCAGGAGCUGGAGUUCUCCGGGGAGCUGGCGCCGCCGAGCCAGGACUCCGGCGAGGAGUUCCUGCAGCAGCAGCAGACGCAGGCGUUCGUGAAGUCCCGCAACGACCUGCUCCAGGACGCCAGGCCCCAGAAGCUGGUGACCACCCACAAGCCCACCGAGCACCCGUGGGCGCUGAAGUCGCAGACGGACUUCCUGGACCCCCUGACCAUCAACGAUGGCCUGAUGCAGCGGACCUCCACGCCCAGCACCUCGAUCUCGACCGCGACCUCGACGACAGCCUCCCCCCUUGCCUACAGGGUGACCACCAAGACGCCCACGCGCUACGAGUGGGAGGACAUCUUCCGCAGCUACGACAUCCCCAGGGACGCGCUGCCCUCCAGCAGCGGGCUGCAGCGGAUCGCCAACAAACUGUUCGGCGGCCUCAACGAGCAGGAGGCACUGCACCUGCGCAACGUGAUGGCCAAGGCGGAGCACGACCGCCAGGUGCUGAGUCUGCUGCUGCUGCUCAUCCAGACCUGCGACGACCACAACGGCAAGGCGCUGGAGCGGAGCAGGAAGCACCUGCUGAACGCCCUCAUCGACAUCGACAGCAAGUCACCGGUCGCCGGGGGAAAGAGCUCCAGGCAGCGGCUGGCCACCACCAGCACCACCACCACUACCACCGGCCGCAUCCCGGUGACCACUUUUAGACGCGGCGGCGGAGGCGAGUACUUCACCAGCACCACGCCGGGCUACACGACGACCACGGAUCUGCCGACCACCACGGGCUCGGGGGCGGGCAGCUACGAGGAGACGACCAAGUUCGAGAUCCGCGUCGAGGAGCUGGAGGAUAGCACGACGACGACGGUCCCGCCACUGGAGGCCAACUCGGACCGGCGGGCCCUGGAGCUGCUCAAGUCAUUAUAUUCGCUGGCGUCCAAGUUCAGCAGCAGGCGGUAGAGCGAGGGCGGUGGCGGUUCCUACACCUUGCGAGUUAAUGCCUAACUUUAGUCAACUCCACCCUAUAUCCUCUACCCUCCUCCUCCUCCUCCUCCACCUCCUCCACCGUUCAGUUGGUUUUUGAAACCAACUUAAAAUCGUCCCAUUUUUACGCUGAGCCAGUUACUUGUUAAUCGACUUCGUUUAGCCAAUGCAAUCUGCGCAAUUAGUUUGUAAAUAUGUAAUCGAAAUACUCGAAUCGAAGACGAGAGCCCUGAAAUACUCCCGCGCUGAAGACAGGCACAGACUUGAAUGUUCCUGAUGCCCAGCCAAGCCGUUUCCGUUUCCGUUUCCGCUUCCGUUUAAGUUUAACCGAGAGUUGUAUUAAAUUAGUUUCUUACUGCUUAGUCUUAAUGAACAAGAACACUCUCCAUCCAGUAUCCAGUAUCCAGUAGCCAGUAUCCAGUAGGAGCGAUCUAUUCGAACAAUCUGUACGUCUUGCUGUCUGUUUGUAAAUAUUUAUUUAAACUUAAUAAAGUACAUAUAAAAAUAAACA